AUGGCGGCCGAUUUGGAAUCCAACUAUGAGAAGAAGCCGGCAGAAGACGGCAACCACGACCAACAAUCCAGCGAGCCAGCCCAAACAGCAAUUGAACAAGGAACAAAGGACAAUGUCGUCGACUGGGAUGGGCCAGACGAUGUACACAAUCCGCGAAACUGGCCAGCAUGGAAACGAAUGAUCCAGGUCGUGCUCUUCAGCGCAUUCUUGCUCGCUGCCAACCUCGCCGCGACAAUGUUUGCACCGGGAGCCGCCUCGCUUGCGAGAGAGUUCCACAUCACGAGUCUGACCGUUGUCAGUCUCACCGUGUCCAUCUACCUCUCGGGCUUCGCCGUUGGGCCAAUGCUCAUUGCGCCGCUCUCCGAACUUUACGGACGCCUUGUGAUCUACCACACUUGCAGUGUCGUUUACAUUGGCUUCAUCAUCGGAUGUGCGCUGAGCAAAAACACCGCCAUGUUCCUGGGCUUUCGAUUCCUUGCCGGAUGUGCUGCUUCAGGCCCAUCGACAGUCGGAGGAGGAACCGUCGCCGACGUCGUCCCACCAGCUCAGCGUGGGAGAGCAAUGUCUCUGUUCUUCGUGGGACCACUUCUGGGACCGGUCCUGGGCCCAGUGGUUGGUGGUUUUGUGUCCGAGUCAAUUGGCUGGCGCUGGACUUUUUACAUCAUCAUAAUCCUGACAGGAGUGAUAUUUACCAUAUCAAUCUUCUUCCUUCGCGAGACCAAUGCCGCAGUGCUGCUGGGAUGGAAAGCUGCUCGUCUCCGGAAACAAACUGGCAAUGCCGCUCUGGUCUCGAAGAUGGAUCGUGGCCUGACUCCCCGGCAGCUGUUCCUCCGCGCUAUUACUCGACCGAUGAAGCUCCUUGUCCUGUCGCCAAUCGUGCUCCUCCUUUCCCUUCUGUGCGCAUUCGUUUUUGGCCUCCUCUUUCUGCUGUUCACCACGUUUCCCACGGUCUUUGAGGAGCAGUACCACUUCUCCACGGGCGUAUCUGGCCUGGCAUAUCUCGGCGUUGGAGUUGGAAUGGCCGUCUCCUUGGGAACCUUCGCCACCCUGAGCGACAAGCUACAACGGGCAGUUGGAGAUUCGCCCAAACCUGAAGGACGGCUGAAGCCGGUGGUGUGGGUCAUGCCCGCCGUGCCUGUCGGCAUCUUCUGGUAUGGCUGGGCAGCCGAGAAGCAGACACAUUGGAUCGUCCCCAUCAUCGGCACCUUCUUCUUCGGAUUCGGCGUUCUCUGGGUCCUGAUGCCAACUCAGCUCUACCUGGUGGAAGCUUUUGGCCCUGAGGCUGCCGCCUCUGCGUUGGCUGCGAACGUCAUUCUCCGACUUCUGUUUGCAGCUUUCAUUCCAUUGGCAGGGCCGUCGUUGUAUGCGGACCUAGGGCUUGGAUGGGGGAACAGCGUCCUGGGGUUCAUAGGAGUGGCCUUUCUUCCAGUGCCAUUCCUCUUCUAUCGUUACGGAGGGUGGCUUAGGGAGCGUUUUGCUGUGGAAUUGUAA